AGAUGGCUGAGAGCUAGCAGGGAAAAUCCGGGACCAUGAUGGCUCAGUUUCCCACAGCUCUGAAUGGAGGGCCAAACAUGUGGGCUAUUACUUCUGAAGAGCGGACGAAACAUGACAAACAAUUUGAUAACCUCAAACCAUCAGGAGGCUACAUAACAGGUGAUCAAGCGCGGACCUUUUUCUUACAGUCAGGCCUGCCAGCUCCUGUCUUGGCGGAAAUAUGGACUUUGUCAGACCUGAACAAGGAUGGGAAGAUGGAUCAGCAGGAGUUCUCCAUAGCUAUGAAACUCAUCAAGCUGAAGCUUCAAGGCCAACAGUUGCCCGUGGUCCUUCCUCCUAUUAUGAAGCAACCCCCUAUGUUCUCUCCUUUGCUUUCUGCUCGCUUUGGAAUGGGAAGCAUGCCCAAUCUAUCCAUUCCUCAGCCACUGCCUCCAGUUGCACCUAUAACCCCCUUGUCCUCGGCGACGUCAGGGACCACUCUUCCUCCCUUGAUGAUGCCCGCUCCCCUAGUGCCUUCUGUUAGCACAUCGUCAUUACCAAAUGGAACCGCCAGUCUCAUUCAGCCUUUGUCCAUUCCUUAUUCUUCUUCAACAUUGCCUCACACGUCGUCAUACAGUCUAAUGAUGGGAGGAUUUGGUGGUGCUAGUAUACAGAAGGCGCAGUCUCUGAUUGAUUUAGGAUCUAGCAGUUCUACUUCCUCAACUGCAUCACUCUCGGGGAACUCGCCCAAGACUGGAACCUCAGAGUGGGCAGUUCCUCAGCCUUCAAGAUUAAAAUAUCGGCAGAAAUUUAAUAGUCUCGACAAAAGCAUGAGUGGCUAUCUCUCAGGAUUUCAAGCUAGAAAUGCCCUUCUCCAGUCAAAUCUCUCUCAAACUCAGCUAGCUACUAUUUGGACUCUGGCUGACAUUGAUGGUGAUGGGCAGCUCAGGGCUGAGGAGUUCAUCCUUGCGAUGCACCUCACCGACAUGGCCAAGGCCGGGCAGCCACUGCCACUGACGUUACCUCCUGAGCUCGUCCCUCCAUCUUUCAGAGGAGGAAAGCAAGUUGAUUCCAUUAAUGGAACUCUGCCCACAUACCAGAAAGUGCAAGAAGAGGAACCCCAGAAAAAAUUACCAGUUACUUUUGAGGACAAGUGGAAAGCCAACUAUGAGCGAGGCAACAUGGAACUGGAAAAGCGACGGCAGGCCUUGCUGGAACAGCAGCAGAGGGAGGCGGAGCGCAAGGCCCAGAAAGAGAAGGAGGAGUGGGAACGCAAGCAGCGGGAGCUGCAGGAGCAGGAGUGGAAGAAGCAGCUUGAACUAGAAAAACGCCUGGAGAAACAGAGGGAGCUGGAGAGACAACGGGAAGAGGAAAGGAGAAAAGAGAUAGAGAGACGCGAGGCAGCGAAACAAGAACUUGAGAGACAGCGUCGUUUAGAAUGGGAGAGAAUUCGUCGACAGGAGCUUCUUAAUCAAAGGAAUAGAGAACAGGAAGAAAUUGUCAGGUUAAACUCUAAAAAGAAGAGUCUUCAUCUGGAAUUGGAAGCACUGAACGGCAAACAUCAGCAGAUCUCUGGCAGACUUCAGGAUGUCCGACUCAGAAAGCAAACACAGAAGACUGAGCUGGAAGUCCUAGAUAAGCAGUGUGACCUGGAAAUUAUGGAAAUCAAACAGCUCCAAUCUGAACUCCAGGAAUAUCAAAAUAAGCUUAUCUAUUUGGUACCUGAGAAGCAAUUAUUAAAUGAAAGAAUUAAAAACAUGCAGUUUGACAACACUCCUGAUUCAGGGAUCAAUUUACUUCAUAAAAAGUCAUUAGAAAAGGAAGAAUUAUGCCAAAGACUUAAAGAACAACUAGAUGCACUUGAAAAAGAAACUGCUUCUAAACUAGCAGAAAUGGAUUCAUUUAACAAUCAGCUAAAGUGUGGGAGUAUGGAUGACUCUGUUCUUCAGUGCCUUUUGUCUCUGCUAAGCUGUCUCAACAACCUCUUCCUCUUACUUAAGGAACUGAGAGAAAGCUAUAAUACACAGCAGUUAGCCCUUGAACAGCUUCAUAAGAUCAAACGUGACAAAUUAAAGGAAAUGGAGAGGAAAAAAUCAGAGAUGAUACAGAAAAAAAAAUUGGAAGAUGAAGCUGCAAGGAAAUCAAAGCAAGCAAAAGAAAACUUGUGGAGAGAAACACUUAGAAAAGAAGAAGAGGAAAAACAAAAGCGGCUCCAGGAAGAAAAAAUACAAGAGAAAAUUCAAGAAGGGGAGAAGAAAGCUGAGGAAAAGCAAUGUGGAACAGCUAAUAUUUUAGUGAAUUAUAGAGCAUUGUAUCCCUUUGAAGCAAGGAACCACGAUGAGAUGAGUUUUAACUCUGGAGAUAUUAUACAGGUUGAUGAGAAAACCAUAGGAGAGCCUGGUUGGCUGUAUGGUAGUUUUCAAGGAAAUUUUGGCUGGUUUCCAUGUAACUAUGUAGAAAAAAUGUCAUCAAAUGAAAAAACUUUAUCUCCUAAGAAGGCCUUACUUCCUCCUACAGUAUUUUUACCUGCUACCUCACCGACUUCUGAACCACUUUCUUCAAAUCAACCAGCGUCCAUGACUGAUUAUCAAAAUGUAUCUUUCUCAAACCUAACUGUUAAUACGUCAUGGCAGAAAAAAUCCGCUUUUACCCGCACUGUGUCCCCAGGAUCUGUUUCUCCUAUUCAUGGACAGGGACAGGUUGUAGAAAACUUAAAAGCCCAGGCCCUUUGCUCGUGGACUGCCAAGAAGGAUAACCACUUAAACUUCUCCAAGAAUGAUGUUAUCACUGUCUUGGAGCAACAGGAAAAUUGGUGGUUUGGAGAGGUACAUGGUGGAAGAGGAUGGUUUCCAAAGUCUUAUGUUAAAAUUAUCCCUGGGAGUGAAGUCAAGAGAGAAGAACCAGAAGCUUUGUAUGCGGCUGUAAACAAGAAACCUACCUCUGCAGCUUAUACAGUUGGAGAAGAGUACAUUGCACUUUAUCCAUAUUCAAGUGUAGAACCUGGAGAUCUGACUUUCACUGAAGGUGAAGAGAUAUUAGUGACCCAGAAAGAUGGAGAGUGGUGGACAGGAAGUAUUGGAGAAAGAACUGGAAUUUUUCCAUCAAACUAUGUCAAACCAAAAGAUCAAGAGGGUUUUGGAAAUGCUAGCAAGUCUGGAACAUCAAACAAAAAACCUGAGAUUGCUCAAGUCACUUCAGCGUAUGUGGCUUCUGGUUCUGAACAACUCAGCCUUGCUCCAGGGCAGUUAAUACUGAUUCUAAAGAAAAAUACAAGUGGAUGGUGGCAGGGAGAGUUACAGGCCAGAGGGAAAAAGCGACAGAAAGGAUGGUUUCCUGCCAGCCAUGUUAAACUUUUGGGUCCAAAUAGUGAAAAAACUCCACCUGCUUUUCAUCCUGUGUGUCAAGUGAUCGCUAUGUAUGACUAUGUGGCAAAUAAUGAAGAUGAGCUGAAUUUCUCCAAGGGACAGCUUAUCAAUGUUUUGAACAAAGAUGAUCCUGAUUGGUGGCAAGGAGAAACCAAUGGAGUGACUGGUCUCUUUCCUUCAAACUAUGUUAAGAUGACAACAGAGUCAGAUCCAAGCCAGCAGUGGUGUGCAGAUCUCCAAACCCUGGACACAAUGCAGCCAAUUGAGAGGAAGAGGCAGGGCUACAUUCACGAGCUGAUCCAGACCGAGGAGCGAUACAUGGACGACCUGCAGCUCGUCCUGGAGGUCUUUCAGAAACCAAUGGCAGACUCAGGUUUUCUUACUGAAGGAGAAAUGGGCCUGAUCUUCGUUAACUGGAAAGAGCUCAUCAUGUCCAAUACGAAGUUGCUGAAGGCCUUGCGAGUUCGGAAGAAGACGGGAGGCGAGAAGAUGCCAGUGCAGAUGAUCGGGGACAUCCUGGCGGCCGAGCUCGCCCACAUGCAGGCUUACAUCCGCUUCUGCAGCUGCCAGCUGAACGGGGCCGCCCUGUUACAGCAGAAGACAGACGAAGACACGGACUUCAAAGAAUUCCUGAAGAAGCUGGCCUCUGACCCUCGGUGUAAAGGGAUGCCCCUGUCCAGCUUCCUGCUGAAGCCCAUGCAGAGGAUCACCCGCUACCCUCUCCUCAUCAAAAGUAUUCUGGAGAGUACCCCAGAGAGUCACGUUGACCACUCCUCCCUGAAGCUGGCCCUGGAGCGGGCUGAGGAGCUGUGCUCCCAAGUGAAUGAGGGUGUUCGGGAGAAAGAAAAUUCAGACCGGCUGGAGUGGAUCCAGGCGCACGUUCAGUGUGAAGGUCUGGCCGAGCAACUUAUUUUCAACUCCCUCACCAACUGCCUGGGACCGCGGAAACUUCUGCACAGCGGGAAGUUGUACAAGACCAAGAGCAAUAAGGAGCUGCACGGAUUCCUCUUCAACGACUUCCUGCUUCUUACCUACAUGGUCAAACAGUUUGCCGUGUCCUCGGGCUCCGAGAAACUGUUCAGCUCUAAGUCCAACGCUCAGUUCAAAAUGUAUAAGACGCCCAUUUUCCUGAACGAAGUCUUGGUGAAACUGCCCACAGACCCUUCCAGCGAUGAGCCCGUCUUCCACAUUUCUCACAUCGAUCGGGUCUACACCCUCCGAACAGACAACAUUAACGAGAGGACGGCCUGGGUCCAGAAGAUUAAAGCGGCCUCCGAGCAGUACAUUGACACCGAAAAGAAGAAACGGGAGAGGGCGUAUCAAGCCCGCUCUCAAAAGACUUCUGGGAUCGGACGUCUAAUGGUGCAUGUCAUUGAAGCUACGGAAUUGAAAGCCUGUAAACCAAAUGGAAAGAGCAAUCCAUACUGUGAAGUCAGCAUGGGCCCCCAGAGCUACACCACCAGAACCCUCCAGGACACACUGAACCCCAAGUGGAAUUUUAACUGCCAGUUCUUUAUUAAAGACCUUGACCAAGAUGUGCUGUGUCUCACCAUGUUCGACAGAGACCAGUUUUCUCCAGAUGAUUUCCUAGGUCGGACUGAAGUUCCCGUGGCAAAAAUCCGAUCGGAACAGGAGAGCAAAGGCCCUACGACCCGCCGGCUCCUCCUGCAUGAGGUCCCCACCGGGGAAGUCUGGGUCCGCUUUGAUCUGCAGCUUUUUGAACAAAAAACUCUCCCCUAG